AGAGAGAAAAAGGAGCUCUUAAUCAUCUCACUGAAGAAGAACUCGGAUACCCAUAAUCCUCUGCUUCUUCCGUUUCCAACCAUUCGAGUCCUAAGAUGGCGGACCGGCGGCGAAGGAGGAGGCGCGCGUCCCAGGACAGCGAGGAUGACGAUGAGUCCGGGUCGGGUUCGGACAGCGGGAGGUCCGGGUCCCCGUCCUCGAAGCCCCGGGGACGGGAGCCCGACCCGGCGGAGCCGACCGCGAGCCGGGUCCCGGCGAAGAGCGACGUGGAGUCCGAGUGUGAGAGCGAAGACGGCGUUGGAGAAGCCGUCCUCUCAGAUUACGACAGCGCCGACCCCGAGGACAACGGAUCGCAUUCAGAGGGAGUGGAGGAGGAAGAGGAAGCAGAGCAGUACAGCGACGAGGAAGCUCCAGCAGCAGCCAGCGAGCCCCAGCCCCCCACUACAGAUGGCCCUGUGGAGGGAGCGCAGGGAGAGGAGGAGGAGGGCGGAGAAGCUGAGGAGGAAGAAGAGGCUGUAGGGCGGAGCAAAGAGGAGAGCAAAGCAGAGGAGAAGGGAAACCUAGCAGGAGAGCGACAGAGCGGAGACGGACAGGAGUCGACGGACGACCCGGAGACGAAGGCGGGGGGCAAACCGGGGCAGCAGCUGGACGACGACGAGGACAGGAAGAACCCGGCGUACAUCCCAAGGAAGGGUCUGUUCUUCGAACACGACGUCAGGGGGCACGCUCAGGAGGAGGAGAGGCCAAAAGGCAGAAACAGGAAGUUGUGGAAAGACGAGGGCCGCUGGGAGCACGACAAGUUCAGGGAGGAGGAGCAGGCGCCGAAGAGCCGCGAGGAGCUGAUCGCAAUCUAUGGUUACGACAUCCGAAAUGGUGGCGGCCCCGGAGACCGAGGGUACAGACAGCGGAGGCCCAGACCGACUUCGUCUCCCAGCAGAGACAAACGGUGGAGAGAUGGAGGAGGAGAGCGGCCCGUCCGGUCCUGGCAGAACAGGGGAGGAGGGGGAGGAGGUCUGAACCGAGGAGGAGCUCCUCCACCUUCAUCUGUCCACCCCUCCUCUUCAUCUGUCCACCCCUCCUCUUCAUCUGUCCACCCCUCCUCUUCGUCGUCAUCCUCUGCACAGCGAAGCGGCAUCCCCUCCAGACCGCCUCCCUCCCGUACCAGACCACCCCAGAGUAACCUGCACCCCCCACCUCCGUCUCACUACAGGAACAAUGAAUCAAACGCACCCCUGGUGCACCACCGAGAGCGGACGGGUCCUCGGGCUCAGGCGGAGCCUACAGGGGAAAAGGGAGGUGUCAGAGGAGGGCGAGGAGGAAGGGCGCCCUCUGUGGUCAUUGAGGACAUUACAGUCAGUCAGGGAGGGGUCACGGAGCAGGAAUUGAGCGUUGGCGCCGUGACGCCGGCAGCGUCGCCACAGCCGGGCGGUUACCAGUCCACUUCACCGAGACGUCAGCAGGAGCAGCGAGGCGGCAUGGACAGAUCUGCGUCAGGACUGGCCGCUUCCUCUUCUGGCUCCGACCCUUCCCUUCAGUCGUCAGCAGGAGCGACCAAUCGGGAAGCUUCCCCUCCCGCCGAGCGGCCAGUGGAGCGCAAGUCUUACUCACUGGCUCGCAGGACUCGCUCGCGUCCCGCAGACCUGGGCAGUAAACAGGCGUCUGUGGAGGAGUCCGUUGCUGGGGGCAACAACUCUUCUCCUAGCAAUGUGGGGGGAAAGAGCUGGUCGGGUGGAGGCGACGCACCGAGCCAGGCGGGAGGAGGCGUGACGGAGCUGGACCAGGACGUGGCCCGGCUCAAUCUGGCCAGGCAGAGCUGGAGCCCGACCUCGUACAUGCGGUCUGAGAUGAGAGGCCUUCCUAACCCCCUGCACAUGCCCAGCGGCCCGCCGCAGUUCUCCGGCAUCGAGGAGAUGGGUGUCGGCAACAACCGGGCCAAACGCUACUCCUCCCAGCGACAGAGAGCCGUGCCCGAGCCGGCGCCGCCUAUGCACCUGGGAGUGAUGGAGGGACACUACUAUGAGCCCAUGUCGUACCAGGGACCAAUCUAUGCCCACGGGGAUAGCCCCGCCCCCAUGCCACCACAGGGCAUGCUGGUGCAGCCUGAGAUGCACAUCCCGCAUCCUGGUCUCCAUCCCCACCAAUCAGGAGGCCCCAUCGCUAACCCUGCCCUAUACGGAGGCCCACCAGUGUCUCUGUCACCAGGGCAACCACAGCAACUGCUGCCACCGCCUUUCUACCCUCCACCGGGGGUCAUGACCUUCCCCUACCCCACCAUGUACCCAAACCCACAGGGUCAGACUCAGGUGACCUACGGAGGCGUGACGUACUACGACACGGUGCAGCAGCAGGCCCAGCCCAAGCCUUCGCCUCCCCGCCGCACAUCCCAGCCCGUCACCGUCAAGCCCCCCCCUCCAGAGGUGCCCUUUGCCUCAGAGUGACUCCGCCCCUCACCCCUCCCUGCCACUCCAUCUCAGCCUCACUCUGGUCCAAAAACUGUAGGAGCGGGGUGGGCGGGUCGGUGAGGAGCUGCGGUCCAAAAACAACCACCAUGGUAAAGGAGGGAGGGUGGGAUGGAGACGGGCUCCGCCCACAGCAUCACUGGUGGAUUCAGACUUUCUCCCCCUUCUUUUUUUUUUUUUUUCUUUUCUUUGUUUAGCCCGUGUAGCAGUCCAGCGGGUCGAUGCUGUAUCUUUGAGCAAAAUGGGACUGACAAGUUCACGAGGAGUUGACCUCGGCGCCGUCGGUGCUCUCAGAGUAUUUUUAUUUGUUUUCACAUUUUCUGUUGAAUCCUGGAAACGGUUUUCUGCGUCAGGCGCUCUUCCUGCAGGAGGACACGUCGUCAUCCAUCCGUCGCAGUUACAGAGUUUGAAUGCAGCUCGGCUUGUUUUGGCUUCUGCUCAGUGCUCAUUCCUCUAACUCUAAAUGUGUAAUCAGCAGAUAAACAUGUAAUAAACGGUUAAUAACACUUUAUAAAGGCGCGGUAACUCAUGUGGGCGCUCAGAGGUGCAGGUAGAGCAAAAAUCGCUUCCUCCGUGUUCGGACGGCCGUAGUUUAGCGAGACGUCACGUUUGUUUCAGCGUUCAGUUAAACUGCAGUUCAAACUUUAAAGAUGAAACAAGACUUAAAACCUGGAGGAAACAAAAACAACUAAAAUAAAAUCCAGAGCGAGUACUUCUCUCUGACAGCAUCACUGCAGCUAAACGCACUCAAACAUUCCUGAAUGUUCCUAAUCCGGAAUAUUUUGCUGUGUUGUUUCAUCAGAAGAACCGUCUCACACGUGCGACACACACAAACAGACGUGUGAAACUCGUGAACAAACUGAGUGUAACGACUUGUUUCUGUUUAAACAGAUUGUUUUGACAUUUCUGAGUGUUUUUGAGCAACUUCAGGAAAAAAUUUCCAGCUUCUCGGUUUUCCUUAUAAUCAUAAAGAUUCAAACUGCAGACCUGUGACAGGGGGCGGGGUUUAGGGUUCAGCAUUAAAAGAAGAGUUUUAUGUAUUUUGUGAUAAAUGAAGAGAAUAAUUAGCAGAUUAAACAUCAGAUAGUUUAAGUUGAAUUAAGCUGAACAGCCGCGUCCCUUUAACGUGCGGCUGUCUGCCCUCCUGAGUGUACACGUGUCACUUCCUGUUGAGAUGGGGAGUUGGGGCAGGUGGAGGCGGUUCAUGUUGCUGUACAGGCGUAUGUGUAAAUAGAAGCUGCAGAGUAGAAACAUAUUCUAAUAGGCAUAGAGGAGCUUCGGCAGGGACCUCGAGCGAAUCGAUGGAUGGAUGAUGGAGAGCGGCCGUGUGGGUUUGGUUUCCUCUGUUCUCACGUCUGUUUCUUUGGGUUUAUUAUCAUUGUUGUUGUUGGUGCGUGCCGCCUCGUGUCUUUGUUUUCUGCACGCAGGAAGCUCGAACUAAAACUUGAUGAAGAACACCAGACUGUCAUGUUUGUUUGUUUGCGCUCUGUGUUCUGGGAGCUCGUGGUUGGACGUUAGCGUUCCUCCUCCUCUCGUUAAAGUCGGGGAGUUGUUUGACUGAUGGGUGAGGACAGAAGCGCGUUGCCGUUAGAAACGCCUGCCGUUCAGCCCGUUAGCAGAAUCAUCAGGAGAAAACAGGUUGAAUUUAACAGGAACAUUAAUCGUUCCUGAUCCCCGUGCUGAUGUUUGAUUGGGGGGAUUCCUCUGAUGGUGGGGCUCGUCUUCAGUGGGAGGAGGUUGGGGUUUUGGUGCUCGCCAUCAGAAACGACACCGCUCUGAUCUUCGUUCACCUUUAUCAGAGGAGGCCUUCAGCUGUGACCGUAGCUUCAGCUCACUUCAGCUCCAACCGUUAAUGUCCACUAAUGUUUCAAUAAAGUUUAAAGACGUUUCCUGU